UUAUCACUAGUUUCAACUGAAAUGUGAUUACUCAAGGUAAUUCUAACAACCGUUUAACCUUUAAAAAAUUCCAAAUUAACCACCACGAAUUAAUCUAAUGGUGUCACCCUGUUAACCAGUCCACCUGCAGUUUUUAUUUUAUCCCUUUUCUCUGAAUGGCCAUUUGUAUAUGUCAUUCUCAAACUCGGAGCCUCCCAUUUAUCCAGCCCACACCUCCCUCCUCCUCCUAUCAGUCUCUUUAUUUUACUUCGGUCAUUGCAGCUGAAUUCCAGGUCGCACAUUGGAUGUCAUUUGAACUGGUCUAUGGGUAACAACUCGACUGGAAGGCUUUAAAAAGAAUACAGGUGAAGUUUGACGGCCAUUGGAAUAAAGACAUGACAUGACAACUCAUUGCCGUUGACUAGUAAUCCAGAUUGAGAAUGAAGGGGCAGGAGGUCUGGGCAGUGGUCAUUUGUGGCUGCUUUUUGCUGCUGCUUCAGCCAUGUGGGUGCCAGGUAAAAACCUGUCCGGCGGAGACAAGAAGACCACAGCUACAAACUGCAAAUUCAACAUUAACCCAGCUAAACUUUAACAGUGGCUUUAUGUCUCCAAUUGUAAAUUCUUUCCUGGACUCUGUCAAGAGCCGCCCUUUCCCUAAAGAUCUGCUGAUAGGAAUGAUACAAAACAUGGCUGUAGCACAGGACUCGAUUAAAAAGGUUUUGGAAUAUGAGAUAGGUUUCCUGGUCUGCGUGGCUAUCGGGAUCCUCUACAUCAUCCUCAUGCCUCUAAUUGGUCUAAUCUUCGCCUGCUGUCGUUGCUGUGGUAACUGCGGAGGCCGCAUGUACCAGAAACAGACGUCGAAAAUGAAUUGCAAGAGGAGAACCUUUUACUGGUUCACAUUUUUCAUCACAGUAAUAAUUUUGGCAGGGAACAUUUGUAUGUUCAUAAGCAGUACAAACACUUCAGAAACUUUGAAGCGCACCCCUACAGAACUUUCAAGCAUAUUAGAUGAUGUUAAAAGCUAUCUUGCAACUGUUCCAAAGCAACUCCAACAAGUGGUGGAUGAGAGUUCUGCAACUGUGGAUGAAGUACAAAAUAACUUAAAUGGGUCUUUGCUUGGCACAUUUAUCCAGAACGGUCUUGCAGAUCAUCUCAGCCCAGCACUGAACUCCAUUACAGAUUUAGCCCAAGUAAUAAACAGCACCGGCGUUUCACUGAAGCAUGUUAAUAAAACUUUGGAGCAGCUGACACCAAAGGUGGAUGACCUACGUCGUAAUUUAUCUGCGGUACAGCAGCGGAUCAACAACACGCUGCAUUCGGGCUGUGUAGACUGUACAUCCCUUCAGACAGAUGUAGACAAACUAACCCUGGAUACAGAUCUCAAUUUUCCUGAUCAGAAUGACCUGAUGUCUGCUGUAAACAAAGCUGAGAAUGCUGAUGUCAUCGGACAAGCAAAUAAGGGGAAAGAGUUUUUUGACAGUAUUCCAGAAAAGGCGAGAAACGCGACCAAGGAGAGUGUGCAGGUGGCUCUAUUGGAGCUUGAUAAAGUAAAAUCCCAGAUUGCAGGUGUGACUAAAGGCCUUCCUCUGAAUGCACUGGAUAUGAUAUCAAGCCCACUUAAUAAAACACAAACAUAUAUUUCAACAUAUUCUUCAUACAUACAGCUGUCCAGUCAAAUCAGCCAGGCUAUUGGAUUGGUCCUGAGCUGUCUGAUUUUGCUUGUGGUGGUUUGUAAUCUUCUGGGUCUGCUGCUGGGUGCGGCUGGACUGAAAUCUUACGAUGACCCAUCUGAACGGUCAUGCACAUCCAAUUGUGGAGGAAUAUUUUUCAUGAUAGGAGUAGGUUUCAGCUUCCUGGUUUCUUGGAUCUUCAUGUUGGUGGUGCUGAUACUCUUUUUAGUGGGAGGGAAUACUUAUACCCUUGUUUGUGAACCUUGGCAAAGUGGGGAGCUCAUCCGGGUUGUUGGUACUCCAGGGGUGAUUCCAGGAUUUGACCUUUCCACUACUAUGAAUUUGAAGACAAACCUGACAAUUGUUGAUGUGUACAGUGAUUGCCAAAUGAAUAAGUCAUUAUGGACCACCCUUCAUUUGUAUGAGAUCAUCAAUCUAAACGACUAUCUGAGUAUUUCAAAGUACACAGGGAACAUCUAUAACUCCUUUGACAGUGCACAAAUUAACAUAACAAAUAUCACAAUCCUCACUUCAGAGACAGAGUCCCAGAUACACAAUUUCUCCAACAGUGCCACCAGUACGAACUUUAGCAGCAUCAUGCAGCAGAUCAGUGAUAUUUCAGAUAUUAAUUUAAUAUCAUCUGCACAAGAUCUGGAGGAUUUGGCCUCCAAACAGAGCAACCAAACUAUCAAGAAUGAACUAAAUAGUGAAGCUAAAGAACUGCGAGACAUCCAGACUGCAAUUUCUUCAACUAUCAUGCCUUCGCUGCUCGAUCUGAACUCCACCAUUAAGAAUCUAAGUGCAACAGCAUCACAAAUCAAUGGAACUGUGGAGAAUGUUUUAAAAAAAGUUGCUAUUGCUCAGGACAUUUUGAACUACAACAUAUCACAGAUAGUGAAAACUGGGAGCAAGGCAUUCAUAGAUUGUCAAUUGAACAUCUUUACGACAUUUGUUCAGUGGGCGAAUCAAACGAUUACACAGCAGCUGGGGGCUUGUGGGCCUGCGGCUAAAGCGAUCAAUAGAUCAGAAGAUCUGGUCUGUAAACACCUGGUGGGAAGUUUGAAUGGCUUUUGGUUCAGUUUGGGCUGGUGUAUGAUGUUCUUGAUCCCCAGCAUUAUUUUCUCAGUUAAACUGGCCAAGUUCUACCGCAGGAUGGAGUGCACAGAUGUUUAUGAGAACAAAGUCAUGAUGAAUCCUUUUCCAAGGGCCCAACUCGACCCUAAGAUAAAUACAUAACGUGUAAUGAUUUAUACACACUAACCCACCAAUUGAUGAACGUAUAUACUUUACAAUCACGAGAUGUUUGUGCCAUUUCCAGUUAUUUCUUUUGGUUGUUAUUUUAAAUACUGUUUUUUUAAAUUGGCAUUGAAUGUACAAAAUGUAAAGUCAAAGAUGGACUUUUUAAGUGAAGGAUGAGUCUACUAUAUUUUAGAUGUGGUGGAUUCAUAAACUCAUUUUCUUUGUGUCAAAAUGUUUUAGCAUGUGUUUUUAACAUUUUGAUUAAAGGUGCAGUGUGUAUUUUUUAGAAGGAUCUCUUGACAGAAAUGCAAAAUAAUUUAUACAUCUAUAUUAUCAGGGGUGUAUAAAGCCUUGCAUAAUGAACUGUUAUGUGUUUAUUACCUUAGAAUGAGACGUUUUUAUCUACACACACAGAGGGUCCCCUUACAUGGAAGUCGCCAUUUUGUGCCGCCAUGUUUCUACCGAAGCCUUUAACGAACAAACUUUGGGACAAAGUUGUCUCCGACAAUGAUGUGUUUGUCCGGUGGCGGCUACCGUAGCUUCUCUAUGUGUUUCAAAAGCGAGGGGUGAGCAGUGGACUGAGCCGUUGGUUGCAAUUAUCAACCUCACCACUAGAUGCCGCUAAAAUUUACACACUGCACCUUUAAAUGUUUAAAAAAAUCUAACUGUUACUGUCAUAUUUUUUAUGCAGCAAUUAUGUGAAUUUAAGGUUUAGAGAGCACUUUAUUAAACAAAAAAAGAAAAUUGUAUAUAUAUUUCUAUAUAUAUAUAUAUAUACAGUGAGAAAUAUUGAGAUACUGUUAUUGACGUUAUAGAUGUGUUGUUUUUCUUUUAAUAUGAAACAUUUCCACGAGAUGCUUGUUGUAAUGAUCAAUUGAAUAAAUAGACACUGCAGGUAGUGAC